AUGUCAAGCAAUCCUCAGUGGAAAAUGUUCCAGCCGCCAGAUUCACACAACUCCCCUUUACAGGAUAUUUUAGAUCUUCAGCAAUCAAACAUGCAGGCCAAACAGGUUUAUCGUAAUGGUACCUACAGCGGUGAGUACCCAAGUUCCCCUCGAGAUAAUUUUAAUAAUAUGGGCAAGUCAAGUGGUGGAAAUAGAUUUUCUGUUGGUAAUUAUAAUUUGGAUGGAUGUCCUAUGGGAGAUUCUGUGGGAGUUUAUUCUUCCAGUUCAACCAAUAACCAAUCUCAGUACGACUCCACGAAUCACCCACCUAUAAGAGAAACAGGGAUUAUUGAAAAAUUACUUCAUUCCUAUGGCUUUAUACAAUGCUGCGAGAGGCAAGCUCGUCUAUUCUUCCACUUUAGCCAGUUUGGUGGUAAUAUAGACCACUUGAAAAUAGGUGACCCAGUAGAAUUCGAGAUGACUUACGACCGUCGUACUGGCAAACCGAUUGCGUCUACAGUAACUAAAAUAGCCCCCGAGGUUGUAUUGAGUGAGGCCCGAGUUACCGGAGUAGUGACCACGGAGGUGAAGGGAGAGGGUUCAGGGGAUAACACCGGUCGCAUAUCGUAUGAGAACCGCGGCGAGUGCUUUUUCUUGCCGUAUACUAAAGAUGAUGUCGAAGGAAAUGUAACCCUACGUACAGGAGACGCAGUCAGCUUCCAAAUCGCAACCAACCAAAGAGGUACUCUUGGAGCGUGUCACGUCCGUUUCGAGAACCCCGCACAUCCAGUCAAGUAUCACGGCGUAGUGUGCUCUAAGAAGGAGAAUUUUGGUUUUAUCGAACGGGCUGAUGUAGUUAAGGAGAUAUUCUUCCAUUACUCCGAAGCCAAGGUCAAAGAGGAGCUGUCCCUUGGAGAUGACGUGGAGUUUAUAAUACAGACUAGGAAUGGUAAGGAGGUUGCGUGUAACAUCAGUAAGCUGCCGAGUGGGUCGGUAGUGUUCGAAGAUGUCAGCCCGGAACAGCUUCGGGGGCAGGUGUUGAAGCCGCUGGAGCGUGGGGCGCGACUCCAGAGCGACCCUCUGCCAGGCAGGAUCAGAUAUAGGGCACCGGACCAUUCGGAGGUUGAGGUGCCUUUCGGCGACAAAGACCAGUGUGGGGAGUUCACCCUGCGGCACGGGGAUUGGGUCCAGUUCCAAGUGGCAACGGACAGACGGGAUCAACUCAAACGAGCCACCAAUAUAUCGCUUCUAGAUGAGUCAUUCAACGUAUCGGGCGAAAGACGUGAACAGGGCAUUGUUUGUUCCUUGAGGGACGGCUUCGGUUUCAUCCGAUGCGUGGAGCGUGAGCAGACAAUGUUCUUUCACUUUGCCGAGGUGUUGCGUCUCGGUCAGGAGCUGAGUGUUGGUGACGAGGUUGAGUUCACGGUGGAUCCAUUAUCAUCCUUCUCCAACAUGAACAGCCGUCAAUCUGCUAUACGUAUCCAGCACUUGUCUGCUGGUUCCGUACAGUUUGAGUCCCUAGUAGAGCGAGGAGUCCGCGGUGUCGUAACCAAGGAGGCGCAUUACACCAAUGAGAGCCCCAACAGAAACUCACCGAAUGCGUCAUGCCAUGAAAGGGAGAACCCUCCGUGGGGCUCACCGUCGGACUGGCGGGUUGAGUCCGGUAUCAUAACGUGUCAAAUAAACAACAUGAAGAAAUCUAUACCAUACACGGUCAAGAAGUGUGAAUCAAAGAUGCUGCCUCGCGUGGGCGACAAAGUGACCUUCGAUCUGUAUCAGGUGAAGAGGACUAAGGAGCUGGUUGCUAUGAGUGUCACGAUGCAGCACAGCAUGACGAACGGGCGGAUUGGGGGGGCGGGGUGCGGCGGGGGGUCGGGGGCAGGCACCCAGCAGGGCUUCGUGGCCGCGCUCAAGGAUGGCUUCGGCUUCAUUGAGACAGCCGACCACACCAGGGAGGUGUUCUUUCAUUUCAGUAAUCUUGAAGGCAGUCCGGAUGUAUUGGAGUUGGGUUCAGAAGUUGAGUACACUGUGGGUCGUCAGAGCAGCGCUAGCGGUGGUUGUGCCAGCGCCGAACAUGUGCGACCCCUGCCUCGUGGGACUGUGCCCGUUGCACGACCCCUGGAACCUCCUCUCACCGGCACCGUGACACGUACCCUGAGAGCGCUCAACCCCGACCAGGCCAAGUACUCUGGUUUAAUCCAAGUGGAGGGAGGAAUGACCUACGAAUUCGGCAUCAUGGGUCUAGCGAGCAAGCGAGAGAUUCUUCAAGUUGGUGAUCCGGUCACCUUUCAGUCGGACAUGGAAGGUCGCGCUACCAACAUAGUGCCUAUAAGAAAGAAGAGACGGGCAACCGUAGACGCUAUAAAAGGCGGCUUCGGUUUCCUGUCUCUCGAGGCCGAGGAGGGUCGUCGUCUCUUCUUCCACAUGAGCGAGGUCCGCGGGAACCCUUCAGACCUGGCGCCCGGGGACGCCGUCGAGUUUGUGAUGCUAACCAAUCCAAGGAAUGGGAAGUGCUCGGCAUGCAACGUCGUCAAAGUCGGGAGCAACAGCAGCAAUAUCAAGAUAUCAAAGCGCGAUCGCGAGAGGGAGCGUGAGAGAGAGCGUCCGGAGAGGCCGGAGCGUCUGUUGGCGAGGCUGAGGACGGUGUCACUGGAGGAGCCCGGGCCGCGCGUGCUGGUGCUCCGGCCGCCGCGAGGACCGGACGGCAGCCGCGGCUUCCGUCCGAGGAGACCGCUCGCCGACCAGCUGGCCGACUGA